AAAUAAUUUGGAAAUGCGGAUGCCCCCUUAGUCCUCACCCAUCAUCCUCACGUGAAACUGCCGAUAAAGAAGCUAUGAACGGUAUUAUGAGAAUUGUGCAACAUUAAUGUAUGAGUGGAGCCGUAGAAGAAACAAAACAAUCCACCACUUUAUGGUAUCUGCCGUGUUAACGUCCGGUUACCAUCGAAGAAACAGAGAUUCGCUGAGACAACCGCCAUGGCGGCAUUACCAUAUGCUGACGUCGACUUUACCCUCCGAUCUAUGGCCGGUCGAGCCGAAGGAUUUGGAAGGUCCUCCAUAGGCGGCCUCAACGGUCAGCUUUAUCGUGUUACGACAUUAGCCGAUGAUGGUCCAGGAUCACUUCGUGAUGGAUGCCGUAAGACAGAGCCACUUUGGAUCGUCUUUGAAGUUUCAGGUGUCAUUAAUCUCUUAUCGUACCUGAGUGUGUCAUCUUAUAAGACCAUUGAUGGGCGUGGACAAAGGGUGAAGCUCACUGGGAAAGGCUUACGCCUAAAAGCCUGUGAACAUGUAAUUGUAUGCAACUUGGAGUUUCAAGGCGGCAGGGGUCAUGAUGUGGAUGGCAUUCAAAUAAAACCAAAUUCGAAGCACAUAUGGAUUGAUCGCUGUUCACUUCGUGAUUAUGAUGAUGGCCUAAUAGACAUAACAAGACAAAGCACAGACAUAACCGUGUCUAGAUGUUAUUUCACAGAUCACAAUAAAACAAUGCUUAUCGGUGCAGAUCCCUCUCACGUCAACGAUAGAUGCAUAAGAGUUACCAUCCACCACUGUUUUUUUGAUUGCACAAAACAAAGGCAACCUCGUGUUAGGUUUGGUAAAGUACACCUUUACAACAACUACACAAGAAAUUGGGGUUUAUAUGCUGUAUGUGCCAGUGUAGAAUCACUGGUUUAUUCUCAAUGUAAUAUUUAUGAAGCUGGAGAGAAGAAAAAGGCUUUUGAAUACUACACAGAGAAGGCAGCAGACAAAGAGGUGGCAGAAU